ACCAAUCAGAAUCCCUGGAAAAGUCACCAAGCAUCAAGGCUGUCAUCACUAUAAAUACUUAAACCCGUAUUGUGAUUAUGCUUCAUCCAUUGGUAUGUGUUCCUAUUUUUGAAUACACAAUGAGUGUUUUUCUCAAGCUUCUUUUGCUGCUACUUCUUUCCCUAGUUCAUGUCCAACAAAAUCAGGCUGGUAGGAUUUUGGAUAUGGAGAAACAACUCUGGAUGCAGUCUCUUGAGAAAGUUCCUGUUCCUCCAUCUGGGCCUUCCGGUUGCACAUACAUCCCCGGAACUGGCGGGAACCGCUGCCCUCCGGUGAAUGAAAUGAACGUUGCCGGCAACGCUUUCCGCCAUCAUGCUGCUGCUGCCUAUCCUCAUCACAUAGUCCCAUUAGGCUUGGCAGCCAAUCAUUGAAGUUAUAUCGGAGCCAACUAGCUUGUUCAUCCAACAAUUUCAAAGGCACACAAAGAUAAUUGAUUUAUUGAUUGUUUCUUUAUUUUUUAUUAUUUGUGUUUUUGCAUUUUAAGUGAGAAAAAUAUAAUAGAAAGCUCAACCUCUUAAGAAGUUGAGCCGUUGAGGUCUCUCCAUGUGUGUGUGUGUGUGUGUGUGUAUGCUCGCGCUCUCUUUUUAGCUGUUUUAAUUUGUAUCAUGUAUGGCAGUAAAAUUUUGCGCAGCAUGUAGAUUGUAUGUAUAUAUUGCAGUCUAUAUAUACAGCGUUUCAUGUGCCUGCUUUAAGGUUUUGUUAUAAGCACAACAUCUCUUGUUUGUAGAGUUGAAGGAAGAUAAUUUUUGUACUUCUGAUUUUUUUUCUGUUAAAAAAAAAACAAAUUUGAAGUUAUUGUUCA